AUGGAACGUCGCAUGCUUUCCAAGGAGGACGAGGCGGCUGCCGCAGGAGAUGAGGUGGAGGUUCGGAGGGAGGAUCAAGACAAGAUCAAUAAGUUCAGUCGACUACACCAGCGAGAGACAACACUGGAGGAAGAACUACAAGCAAAGCAUAAGGAGAAGGAGGACUUGGAAGAAAUUUCGAACGAGUUGGAACUUGCAGACGAGGAUGACAACAUACCCUACAAAAUCGGCGACUCUUUCAUCUCUCUCCCUCUACCCAAAGUGCAAGAAUUACUGUCUGCGUCAACAAGUCAAAUCGAGGAGGAUGUGACCGUUGUGGAAGAAAAGCUCAGCACAAUCAGGGAGGAAAUGACAGAGUUGAAGGUCCAGCUCUAUGCGAGAUUUGGGAGGAGCAUCAACUUGGAGACAUAG